AUGUAUUUCAUCAAUAAUGAAGAUAUUCCUGAGGAAAAAUCAAAAUUUCUACCAAAACCGGAAAUCGUAUCAAAAUCAGAAAUCUUGCCAGAAUUGGAGGUCGAGCCAAAAUUGAAAAUUAUAUUACCACCAGAAUUGCCUACCUCCACUAAUGAUAAUACAAUUCAUCAAUUGGUUUCUAAUGAUGCUGGGAAACGAGUAUAUGGACGAGCUAGGGCGAAUUUGUGCUUCAGCUCAUUUUAUAUAUUUUGCGAAGACUUUCGCAAACAGCUUAGUUACUUAUAUCCCCAUAAAAGUGAAACUUAUCAUAAGACUAUGUAA